UUAAAGUUCAGUAUAAUCUGACCUUGACACAUCAGACAUACAAUUCAAGUGCGUAUUUCAGAUCGCUUCGAGAUAAGACAAAAAAAAGCGAAACUGAGAGUGAAUGGAACGCAAGUUUGGCAGGAACGCGUCAGAUACUCGCCGGCCGCUGGACGCAAUGAACACGAUCUGUACAAUUUUGGCAAUUAUUUUAUUGUCAGCCUCGUCGGGCCGAGUGCUCGGCGAAUACUGCGACAAUGGCACCGGCGAGUGCAGAGAGUUGACCUCAACCGAGUGCCCGGUGAUCUUCUAUAAUCAACAUCUGAUCGGACCCAAUGAUGUCAAAUACUGCGAUGAGUUCAACGACAUUGUUUGUUGUCCUCUCCCGCUGAAUGCCCAACAAAGACAGCAAACGAUUGCGGAUACGCGACGAUUAUUCGAAAAGGAGUGCCGUCGCUAUAAUGACAUCAGAUCCUCGUGCCGUUCCACGCCCCUCAUUGUGGGCGGCACCAAGGCGAAAGGCCGUGAGUUUCCCUUCAUGGCGCUGCUCGGCACACGGCAGCCUGGUGGUUCCACCAUUAGCUGGGACUGUGGCGGCACACUGAUCCAUCCCAAGUUCGUGCUGACCGCUGCCCAUUGCCUGGAGACCACAGAGACGAAGGCGCAACGUCUGGAUCCCAAUUUUAGGUCGCCCAAAUAUGUUGUACGCUUGGGUGAAUUGGAUUACAAUAGCACCACGGACGAUGCGCAGCCGCAGGACUUCCAGUUGGUUAACUAUGUGGUGCAUCCGGCGUACGCAGAGGAUGACGACGGUGCCCGUGUCAAUGACAUUGCUCUGCUCGAGCUGGACAGGAAUGCCACCCUGAAUGAUCAUGUGGCACCCGCUUGCCUGCCGCCCGCCAGCGGCGAUGAGCACUUCGAUCUGAAUGCAGCUGGCUGGGGCCACACCGAGAACUCUGGCCGAAAGUCAUCGCAUCUACUGACUGUGGGUCUGCAGCGCUACAGCGAUAAGGUGUGCAUCGAGCGACUCGAGAGCCGCAUAAUAUCCCGUACUCAGUUCUGUGCCGGCUCCGGGUCACCCAACAGCAAUGCGGACACUUGCAAUGGCGACUCCGGUGGUCCCAUUUUCGUGCAGCAUCCUGCCUACCAUUGCCUCAAGCAGGUGAUUGGCGUCACCUCGUAUGGAGUCAUCUGUGGCAAUUACAAAUUUCCCAGUGUCUAUACCAAGGUGCAUCUCUACACGGACUGGAUCGAGAACAUCGUCUGGGGCGAAUGAUAACAAUUUAAUUAAUCAUCUGCAGCUACUGGACUCCAUGGAUGUUGACACUUUUUAGAUAAGAUAAAUUUAGAAAAGCCUUUGUUCAGCAAAUAUUUAAGUUAACAUCAUCUGCAAGAUGAUAAAAUAUUCAAUUGUAAUUGUGUCUUGAUAAGCGUAAAGCCUAGGCAUCUCUGAUCCUUUAAGGUAUAUAUGUUCUUAAUCAGUAUGAAAAGUAGAGUUGAUAAAGUCAUGUUCUUGUUAAGGUAUAAUUGUUCUUAAUCUGUAUGUAAAGUCAAGUUCAUAUAGCCAUAUACUUCUGUCUGUCUGGCUUAAUGCAUAAUAGUAUGUAAGCUUGAAAUAUAUCAUAUGUCAUACUC